UUUCAGGUCAAUGCCACCCAAAAAGACUCAAAAAUCAGGUUUACUGCAGUUCUUCGCCAAACAACAACAAGAAAAAUAUCAAAAUUCAUCGAAAAACGAAGAAACAACUGAACACGACGAUUCUUGUCAAAUUUUAUUCGAAAAACAAGUAGCAGGUCCUAGUAAAGUUUCAAAACCAAUCGGAUUCCCUACAACGCCGAAAAAUACGACUAAAUGGGCAGAAACGCUACAGAAAAGCUCGGAAAAAGCAGGAAGAGACUGGUUAAAUCCGUUCCCGAUUCGCGUUAGUUCAGCAAAAAAAGAAAUUGAGAAAAAUAGUAAAACCGAGUUGUUAGCAAAAGGAUUCGAUGAUAUUCAUGGAAACGGUAUAUUUUACCCAAUAAAUGAACCUAUUCGAAAUUUUGAACUGAAUCUUCUCAAAUGUUUAUCAUCUUCAAAUUGUUGUGUAGCACUUCCAUCAUCUUCUCCGUCUACUCCUGGACGAAUAUGUGCCAUGACAGUAUUCAAUUUUUUGAAAUGGUUCCCUCGAUGUCGUGUACUUCUUGUCAGCUCCUCAGACAGUUGGAUCUCGUCUCUUCGACAACUCGGCCUUGAAUCUCAAACUACAAAACUGACUACAGUAACCCAAUUCAAGAAUCUAAAGACUGAAGCCGGAAAAAUUCUAGUCUGCACAACACCGCAGUGCGCAUUAAAAGUAGUCGAAUCGACAGGAGGUCGUGAGUUUCUUGAAGAAAUUCGCCUGGUUUUAAUGGAAUUAAAACCAAAUGAGUGUUGUUCAAAGUACAAACCGAUUCUCAACGCUUUGACUGUUAAGGAGACUUUCUUUCGUUGUUCUGUUCUCACCACUUCGACAUCAAAUGCUUCUCGUCGUACAGCUUCGAUUACAAAACGACAACAAAUGAUUACAAAUCUUCAAUUAUCCGACUGGAUUGAACAGACUGAAGCUGAUUUUGCUUUCAGAAGUGCAAAUAUUCCGGCAGGAGUUGAAGUUAAAACGUGGAAAUCUGAAGACAAUUCUGCAAAACAUGCUGAAAUAACCGGAAAAUUCGAAAAAUACUGUGAAAAGACAAUCGACGAUCUGGCUCGACAAUGCAUUGUUUCAUCGAAAAGUGUCAAAAAACUCAUUUGGACCUGCUGGAAAACUUUGAAACAGCAAUCGAAAUUACCUGAAAUUGAGAAGAAAAAACUGGAAAUUUCAGAGUUCUUGACAUGUACUUACAAACUUUUGAUUAUUGAUGGAGUUGUAGCAGCAAGAAAUUUUGUGAAAAAACAUUCUGAAAUUCCGCAUAUCAAAGAACACGCGGAGAAAAUCUUGGAACCAACAAUUUUUGGUGGAUUUUCAGAGUUCCCAGCAAAGUUUCAACAAUUAUCUGAUUCAAUCGAAGCUUUUUUAAAAAUGGAUAAUCAUGUACUUGGAGUAAUUCUUUGCCGGGAUUCUGACCAGGCGAUUGAGAUACAGAAUUAUUUGGAAUUACAGUUGACUACUCGAUGUACUUGUGUCAGAAUUAUUGAAGAAGGAACUCAUCCGGGAAGAAAUUUGUGGAAUAUUCAAAGGAUUUCUACAGUUUUCAUCGAUAGAAAAUCUCCGAAAAUCGUAAUUCUUCCUGUCAAAAUUCGCGAUUUUAUUGGCUUUUCCGAUGGUCUUCCACUUUCCGAACUCACAUUUAUCGCUUCAAUAUCUCGUGAUUCUCUGUUCAAUUUUCGUCGAUUUGGUGGAGCCCACUUGUUAAUUAUCAAUGAUCCAUUAGAGAAGUUGCGAAAUGAGGAUGGUCGGCUUCUUGUAGACGACGGGAAAUUUGUACAGAAUAAUUCGAAAAAUGCCCCAAAAAUGGGAGCUGUGGAGAGAUAUGAUUUUAAAUUCGAGCCAUCUCGUCUUCGAAUCGACGCUACUCAUCUACCAAUUCAAUUUUUUUAUCCACGAGAUGUUGGUGUGACUUUCGAUGAAACAGCUGGAAUUAGUCAACUUGGAAAAACCCAUAUUGAGAUGACAUCAAAAGAACAUACGGAACUGUUUAAACGUUUGCAAAAUCCUGAUUUCAGUCGAUUUCAACGUCGAAAACGAGUAUUUUGGGUAUUGGAAGAUCUGGAGCACCCAAAUGAAAAUAAAUCAAUUCCAAUUGAAGAAAUGGAUGAAACUCAACUUUGCUGGAAUCAGGAUAUUCAAUAUUUGGGUGAAAUAAAAUCAUCAAAAUUAUCAGAACGGCUUACCAGAUAUAUGAAAGAUGAACCUGUAGAAUGGAUUAUAAAUGAGAAGCGAAGAUUUGAAUAUAUCAAUGAAAUAACUUCGACCGACCGUCUUGUUCAUUUGGAUCGUCUUCUACGAAACCUCGACGCUCAUUUUCAAGUCUUAUCUUCAUGUUAAAUCCUUCAAAUUCCUUACAAAUCGGCUCUCACUUGUCCCUGUUUUAUCUCUCACAUCCCAAACAUACAUUUCAUUUUAUUUUCAUUUUCAUUAUUAUUAUUAUCAUAUACAAGUUAUCAUU